AUGCGCAUUCGGUGCGUCCAGCUCACGCGUCAGCUCGUAACAAGCGCGUCGAUCGUGGUUGGUCUCUGCGUCGUCUGUCUUGUCUGCAUCGACUCGGUCGCCAACAACUGGGCCAUCAACGACUACAUUGGCAAUGGCUACCAGUUUCUGACACCAAUCGCAGAUGCCAACCACGCCAACGACCUCCUCUCGCAGUACAGCUUUGCGACCGGAGCGAGCCUCACCGACCUCUCCAAGGUCGCCAAGCGCAUGACCAACUACACCAUCACCAACCUCGUGCUCCCCAACAACCCAAACAUCUACGUGCUCUCGGCCGGCACGUACGCCGUCAACUCGAAAAUGAACCUCUGCGCCAUCUUCCAGCGCACGUACAUGUCAGACCUGAACGUCGGCAAGCCGAGUUUUGGUGUGGCCGUUGACGCCAUCAGCUUUCUACGGGGGAACGCCUUCACGCACGUCUUUACCGAUGACACGAGCGUCAACCUCGCCAACGCGUCCAUGGGCCACAAACAGCUCGAGGCAAUUGGGUACUUGCCGACACGUAUUCAGGUCGACUUGCGUCUGUCGGAGCAAGUCCCGCUGCGCAACACGUCAUCGCCUCAGAACUUGGUGGUCGGCUACUACCGCAUCUACCCCAAGGCGUACUGCACGGGGUGUCUUCCGAUCGCCGAGCUCGGCCACGGCGAGUGCAACAUGACGAUGGUGUACAACCACAGCGCCAGGUCGGUCAAGGUGUCGCAGUCGACGUUCGUGGAUGGAUCGCUCCACGCUCUUGGGCUCAUGUUUCCGCAGACGACCUUUAGCGCUGCGUCGUACUAUCUCAAGUGCAUUGCAGUGUUGUUUGCACUUGGUGGAUACCUCGCGAGCCGGCGCACGGUGCAGUGGCAGGACGUCGACGUGCAUUCGACCGAGACCUUUGUGCAGCGCAUCAUGAAGACGGUCCUGCCCGAGUACUACCCACACGUCUCGCACGCCCUCCGCUUUGACAUGUUUUGCUACAACUCGGACAUUUUUGUGCUGCUGUUCACCAUUGGCGUCCUCCUCGAUCUGAGCGCGGCCUUUAUGUACUCGCGCGAAGUGCAAGUGUUUCUAGCCGUGUGCUCGAAUGGCGCCUUGUCGCUGCAGCUCUUUGCUCUAAGUACGCGCCUGCUCUGGGUCAACUGCGGGUUUCUUAAGCUCUUCAAGCUUCUGUGGAGUAUCUUGAGCACGGCAACGUACUCUGGCGAAAGCAAGCUCAUGGGCUACCUCAAUUUUACGGGUGUCACAUCGCUCUAUUUGAGUGCAAUUUUGCUCUUCUACAUUCCGCCGUUCAUCGAGUACAACAACACGUUGCGCAUCGAUCUCAAGAAUUCGUUUGAACAGCUUGAUGGGACACACGUCGACUUGUACAACAGCUUUUACGUGCGCAGCAGCGGCGCGAUUGUCGGCGGUUUGAUCUUGAACGUGCUUCUCGUUGUCGGCCUCGAUCAACUUGUGAACCAAUCGUUUUGGAAACUUCUCGCGACCAACUCGCUCGCGCGCCAAGCCAUGUACAACUCGACGUCGAUCCUCAUGGACUAUGUCACUGACAUUGAUCCGACGAUGCUGGAACAGCACUCGUCGAGCAUCAACUGCAAGGUGCGCCGGCUCUGCACGCUCCAGUGGUUCUUUACGUCGCACCUUACGGCGUUUGGCUUGCCCGAGAAGGAGCUCCGCGUCAACAAGAAGCAGGCGCACACCAAGAGCUUCAUCUCGGCGGUCUCGGCGUUUGCAAGUGGUGGCGAGGACGGCGCUGGUGACGGCACGUUCGUGCUUGCGCAGGACAGUGGCCGCCGUGUGCAUCUCCUCGACGACCACUUUGCCGACGUCAAGAGCCUCGUCCUCAACAUCAAGAUCCUCAAAAACACGUCCGUGUCGAUUCGAUAA